AUGGCAACUCAUGAAUUUGGUAUGGCACAUGUUAGAUCCUCCUCUGUUUCACUUUUAGCAGAGGCCACAUCUGGAGCAGGCUCCUCAGGAAACACAUUAGAAGACAAAUUGGCGAAGAUCGAAAUAUACAAAAAUCUAACGGAAUAUGAAGAUGUUUUGGCGAAGCUGAUAGAAUCUGUGGAUAAAUUUCAUCCUAAUUUAAAAUAUGUACAGGAAUUAAUACAGGCGGACUCUGAUACCUUCUCUAGUCUCGGUACUUUUGCCAAAUAUGACGAUAUUGAUUCCAGACUUAGUACAUUAGAGGCUAAGCGUAUAGCUAUUGAUCAGCAAACUAGAGAUAUACUGGAAACAUUGAAUGAAUGUCAUGAUAAUCUAAACAGCUUACCAAGUUUGGAUCAAGUAGAGUUUGAGAGAGACACUAUAUUAGCACAGAGAGAGAAGGUUAGCUCGACAACGUUAUUGGAUUAUGCUACAAAACUUUCGAAAUUUACAAAGAUACCGCCUACAUUUGAUAAAGGAUCUAUUGGUCCAAAUAAUUUUGUGUGGCCAGGUGACGAUGCUUUGAGAAGAGGGAUGUUGGCUCUUGCCUCGUUGAACAGUGAUAAAUUGACUGCUAUUCAAGGUCAAACGACUGAAAAGGAAUUGGUUGCUACCAUUUCAACCACAGAGGAUAAUAAUAAAGAAAAUAGUGAUGAAUCAAUGCCUGGUAAACAGGAAUUAGAAGCUGGUGAUAAAUCUGAUGAAAGAAGGGAAUCAUUUGUAUUUGGUGGUAAUAAUGAAACUCAUACCGAAGAAAAGAAAGAGAAUAGUGACAAUGAAGAUAUCGAUCUAGAUCUGGAUCUUUUUAACCCAGAUGAAUUCUAA